CUCGGAGGAGCUGCUGCCAUAGCACUUACCACGGGGGAAAUUUAAUUGGCCGCCUUAUGCAAGAAAGGGAUGCUGGAGAAGCCUGUGCACGCGCGGUCCCUCUCCUGCAGGCAGCUGCCUGAUCCUCUGUGCGUUGGGGCUUGCUCCUGUGUUGAGGGAGGGAUUUUUCCACCCGUGCAAGCAGGCAGCCUCACCUGGCAAAAUACAAGCCUGAUGAAGACAUGUGCACGGCUGAAGCAACUGCAUCUCUGCUCCAGGUGGAAGAAACCUUCUUGGCAUGCCUGGCACGGAUAGAUGCCCUCAUCCUCAAGCCUUUGCUCCAGGCAGAGCCUAGUGACCAGAAGGGAAAGGAGAACUUUAAGCUCUUCCUCCUCCUGAAUGAUCGAUUUCAAGCUCUCUGGAACCUCACAGAAGAAAAUUACCGGAUACUGAAACAAAAACAUAGCACCUCCGAAUCAUUCUGCGUCCAGGACAUUUAUACUGUCUGGAAAGGAGACCUGUUUCUAAGCCUCUACAUCCAGUAUUUUGUCACUUUUGCAAACUACGUUGUAGUCUAUGGCUUCGAACAUGCCACAAAGAGCAAAAGUGAAGCCUGGAAGCACCAUAAGACAGUGUUGAAACAAUUUCUCACAGACUUCACCUCUGAGACCUCCAUGUCACUGGCCUUAUACACUGUUCUUCACAAACCUAUCCGAGAUCAUAUUGAGCAAUAUAUACUGCUCCUUACCAAGCUGAAUGAGGCCCUCAAAGAGGGCUCUGAAAAGGACACGUUUACCAGUGCCAUCAAGGAAUAUGUGAAGCUUGAGGCUUUCAUCAGCCAAGUCCUGGAUGAAGCUUGUUUUACCAAGUCCUUAUGGAAAUCCUUGGGCUGCAAAUUCACGGACAUGCUCUGUGUACCUGAAAGGAGGCUGCUGGAAGACAGCAAAAAUCUUCCCAUCUCUGCCAGCACGAAUCGAUCAGACCGGAUCUUGCUCUUCGAUGAUGUCCUUGUGCUAAUUCAGGGAAACAGCUUUCAGAGUUUUGAUCUGAAGCUUGUGUGGGUAGAUGAAAACUGCAGGGAGAAAUCAGCUCCAGGACAGUACGGACUCCGCAUUAUAACCCCAGAAGAAACGUUCGUUCUCUCUGCCAAAGACCCGCAGAUGAAGGCUGUUUGGCAGUGGAAGCUGAACCAGGCUGUCCGCCAGGCACUGAACGGGAAACGAGAUUUCCCAUUGUGGGGCAAGACUGGUGAAGGCACCGAGCCCCCAUCCUGCCGCUUCUUCACCUAUGUCUUCAGGCUGGAGGGCAAGUUCAAGAGCGCAUCCUACGAGGGCGAGUGGCAGUGGGGAAAGCCGCAUGGCAAGGGGACGCUGAAGUGGCGUGAUGGACGCAACCAUGUUGGAGAUUUCAAAGAUGGCUUGGAGCAUGGGUUUGGAAUAUGCCUUGUCCCACGCCGAUCCGAAGACCGGUAUGACUGCUAUAAGUGCCACUGGUAUGAGGGCAAGAUGAGAGGCUAUGGAAUCUGUGAGUAUGGGAAUGAUAUGGUCUACAAAGGUUACUUUAAAGACAACAUGCGUCAAGGGUUUGGGAUACUGGAGAACCUCUCAGCUGACCAUCCAUUUAAAUACACAGGACAAUGGGAAAAUGACAAGAAGAAUGGAUAUGGAGUCUGGGAAGACAAAGAUAGAGGGGAGAGAUACAUAGGGACAUGGCUUGAUGAUCACAAACAUGGACAAGGCAUUGUAGUAACCCAGUCGGGUGUCUGCUAUCAAAGAACAUUUCAUGCUGAUAAAAUGGUGGGUUCUGGGAUUCUGCUCUUGGAAGAUGACUCUGUCUACGAAGGGAACUUCACAGAAGAUCUAACAUUUGUUGGAAAGGGAAAGCUGUCUUUUGCCAAUGGCUUCAUUCUGGAGGGAACCUUUACUAACAAGUUGGGCCAAGGCCUUCAGACGCACGGCAUCCUGAACACAUCGAACGAGCAGCUGGAUGACAGGAUAACCAAAGCUCAGCUGGGCCUCGAGGAGUUCCCAGUGGAGAAGAGAUGGAAGGGAAUCUAUGACCAGUUCCUGGAGUUCAUCCAUUCUGGCUGCAAAGAAGAAACAGAGGAGUCUUUUGUGGGGUUCCACAUACAAACGAGCAAGGAGCUGCGGAAAUCUCAGGAGUACCUCUUCUGCCAAAGGGGGCCUGAGGAUGUGUCCUGGAAGAUAGAAGAUAUUCUUGAAGAGCUUGUCCAGCACCAGGGGCUGGAGUCACUACAGAGUUAUUUAGAGAAGGCACUGAAGUCUUCUCUGCACCCACUGGGAAAGCUGCUGAAGGCCUUGACGAUAGCUUUUCAGGCAACAUAUUCUGGGAUUGGGGCCAACAGACAUUUGCUGACUAUGGCACAAGAGGAAGUCAAGUACUAUGCAAAGAAAAUAUGGGAGUUUUACCAGGGUUUGCUCCAUCUGGCGCUGGAACAGAAAGGCCAACUGCCUGCAAAGUGUGUGGAUGGAGAUACAAGUGACCAGAAGGCAUGCAGCGUGGUCCUGCCGCUGAUCUUGCCCUGCUUCUACCCUGAGCUUUUCAUGCUCUACAUGCUUUAUCAUGAAAGAGAAGAUGACCUGUACUGCCAAGGGAUCGUGGACCUAAGUCUAUUUCCUGACAUCAAGCUGCUAGAGUUUCUGGAUGUGCAGAAACACCUCUGGCCUCUGAAAGAUCUCACCCUGACAACCAACCAGAGGCGGUCCCUUAUCAAAGACAAGUGCUUCCUGUCCGCCACAGAGUGUUUGCAGAAGCUGAUCACCACGGUGGAUCCCCGGGAAAAGCUGGUGAUCCUCCAGAAGACAUAUGAGGAGAUAGAGAGCACAGUGUCCCGAGUGGUAGAGAAGGACUACAAGCUCCCCAUGGAUGACCUGUUGCCUCUACUGAUGUAUGUUGUAUCCCGAGCAAAAAUACAGCACCUGGGAGCUGAAAUCCAUCUGAUCAGAGACUUGAUGGACCCCAACAAUCAAGGAGGACUGUACGACUUUCUGUUAACAGCGCUGGAGUCAUGCUACGAACACAUCCAGAGGAUGAGACUCCACCAAAGGGAGAACUGCCACGUCGCUCACAGCUCCUGAGCCCCAGGACCCGAAGGGAGCCUCCUCCCUGCCGCACUUUCUUGACCAAACACUGUUGGAUGAAGAAGCAAUCAAGUCGCUGCUGUUCUGGCUGCCUUUAAAGAGGGAAGAACGGUUAUUUAUCAGAUGAGGGUUUGUUGCUGGGUUUUCUCUUAGACUAGCUAUGAUCGUAAAGCACAGACGUAUGGAUGCUGUGGGCUAAAAAGCCUUCAAUACGCAACCUCAGCUUGUGUUUGGGAAUCUCUGUGGAAAGUGGCCGAGGUUUCUUUUGCCCUGAGGUUUUAUUUCACUUUCCUGCAAAUAGCAAUCAUCUGCCUUGGAACCUCGUUUAACUCUUCUCUCAGAUGCUGUGUUUGUUUUGCACUGGUAAACUGACGUAAGGGAGGUUAUUUUAUAGAAAGCGGUUAAAUGAAACCACAAGAACUGUUUCGGUGGGACUAUUUCUGGUUUGCAGAAAUGUGGCAUGGACAGGAGAGGCCAUCUCCGUGCUCCUAAACAACCUGUUCCUGGAGUGAGGUGGCUUUUCCUGUAUCCCUGAGAGGAAGGUUUUUCCAUUCCUCUUCCUACCUAUGUCAAACUCAGUACCUCUCCAUUGCAUUGUAAAGCUGCUAUUGACUAACUUCCUUGUUUUAUGAUACUUAAAAGUACAUAUUUAUAUUCUGCAGACUCCUGUUCAAUCUCAGGGAUAUCACACUUGAACCUUGAACGUGCUAGUGCUGCUUUGUAAUUCUGCAGGGGUUCGUGUGUGCCUAUUAGAAUGGACGUAUGUUGUCCUGGGCUGAGAAAUUACAAGUCCCGGUGAGACAAAACAUAAAACCACCUGGCUUUCUGCACUGAUAGAGCUGCAAAAACACUGGUUUUCCUAGGUGCGCAGCUUCCUGCUGACAGAUCUCACCCACUGACACCAGUGGGGUACAAAUCAGAUUAGAAUUGGGCUGGGUUUUAUGCUGCCUUUAGAAAAGGCAAAAGGAUAUUUGGUAUCCUGUGCCUAUCAGACAAAAAUAGUAAUGUCUGAGUUGCAUAUUUAGAGCAAAAGCUCUUUUGAACUAGAUUUUAAUCUGCUUUUAUUUUACACAUUGACUUUAAAUUGUCCAGGUCUGUGACUUCAGGAAAACAGAACAAAACUGUACAGACUGUUUCCUCCUGUUUAUCACAAGUAUUAUGCUUUAAUAAAUAGUACACUGAUUACAAUAGUUAAUAUAUUGGUAUGAGAGAAUCCUAAUGUAUGUUUUACAGUAACUUGUAUUUAAAUAAAGCUGUCUAAUUUUUAAGAGAGA